CAUGCAACGUCGUGGCUGCCACCUGCCGUAAAACCAUCGAAGAAGAAGUCGUACCGGAAACCGUCCACCAAAGACAUGCGCAGUCUGCUGGAGUUUCCCGCCAUAAACUGGUUCCCCCGCGUGAGUCCGACACAGUUCUUCAGAUACAACCGGAAAGACCCACCAGAACCCGGAUGUGUGGACUAACUUGUUGAAGUCAGACUCACGAAGUGGCAACAGGAAGAAGACGGAGACGGAACGCGAGUCACGUGACUCUUCAUAGAGACGAAACGGCGUGUUGUCCGGAUUGUCUCCUCGUGUCCUGCGGAGCUCAUGACGUCAGCGAGCCAGCAGGAGCUACUCGGAGCCGAGUGGAGCCGAGCGACACCGAGCGGAGCCGAGUGAGCGGCGCGUGUUCCCGGAGCUGUCUGAGGAAACGUUUCUGAGCUCGUGAACAUGUCUAAAGCCCAAACGCUGAGACGUUUCGUCAACCAGCGACUCACUGCGGCUGCGCAGGAGAUCUGCGGGCUGUUUGAAGCAACGCUCGCAGAGUUCGAGGAGGAACUGUGUCGUUCACAGGAGAACGAGCGGCACCGGAAGCUGCUGCACGCCGGGUUCCACCCGGAAGUCCGGGUCCAACGAGCAGACGUCCAGCAGCUGCUGGUCCAACAAGAGGUUCCCCCUGAGCAGCAGGUCUGGAGCUCCAGUCUGGACCCAGAGCCCCCCCACAUUAAAGAGGACCAGGAGGACCCAGAGCCCCCCUACGUUAAAGAGGACCAGGAGGACCCAGAGCCCCCCCACUUUAAAGAGGACCAGGAGGACCCAGAGCCCCCCCACGUUAAAGAGGACCAGGAGGACCCAGAGCCCCCCUACGUUAAAGAGGACCCAGAGCCCCCCCACGUUAAAGAGGAACAGGAGAGGACCAGGAGCCCCCCUACCCCCCACGUUAAAGAGGACCAAGAGGACCCAGAGCCCCCUUACGUUAAAGAGGAACAGGAAGAACUCAGUCACGAGGGAGACCAGCUUCAAGGUCUGGAGGAGUCUGGUCUCACAUUCUCAUUAACUUUGGAGAGUGAAGAUGAUGAAGAGGAAGAUCAGUCCUCUCAGCUUCAUCAAAGACCAACUGAACAGAUGGAAACAGAAGCAGAUGGAGAGGAUUGUGGAGGACCAGAACCAGCCAGGAACUCUGAUCCAGAUCCUGAUGGGAAGACUGGAGACUCUUCUGAACCAGAUCCUGAUGACUCUGUUGAUUGGAAGGAGACCAGAGAACCUCAGUCAGGUUUGAACUCUCUGAAUAAUGAUGACGUUUAUGUCAGUGAUUCCAAAUGUAGUUCUGGAGAGAAACCAUUAAGCUGCUCUGUUUGUGGGAAAAGAUUUCGCCUCAAGUCACUUCUGAAGAGACACAUGAAGUCUCACACAGGAGAGAAACCAUUAAGCUGCUCUGUUUGUGAGAAAAGUUUUCGCGACAAGGGAACUUUGAAUAGACACAUGAUGACUCACACUGGAGAGAAACCUGUCGGCUGCUCCGUCUGUGGGAAACGUUUUAGGUGCAAGUCACAUGUGAAUAGACACAUGUUAACUCACACAAGAGAGAAACCGUUCAGCUGCUCAGUCUGUAAAACAUCUUUUACACAGAGGGGAGAUGUAACGGUUCACUUGAGGUGUCACUCAGGAGAGAAACCCUUCAGCUGCUCACGUUGUGAUAAAACCUUCAACCGCAAGGCCAGUCUGCAGGUUCACAUGAGGCGUCACACAGGAGAGAAACCCUUCAGCUGCUCCCGCUGUGCUAAACGCUUUAGAUGCGAGUCCAGUCUGAAGGUUCACAUGAGGCGUCACACAGGAGAGAACUCCCUCUAGUGGUUCUGGUAAGGUUGACAUUAGUUCCACUCCCUCACUUGUCAACAAGACCUUGGGAUACUGGACCUCCCUCUCUUGGGGCAGUGACUCACUUCGAUAGACAGGACUCUAUGCACCGAUCUUCGUCGGAGAACCACGGCCUCGGCCCCGAGGUCCUGACUCAUGCUGACCGCUGCCCACUGGGCUGACCGAGCGUGGUCACGGUCCCCGAUCCUUAGCAGGAGAAACUCACAAAAACCCUAAACCACUACGAGGUGACCUCCAGGAAGAGGCUUCUAUCCGGCCAGAGAGUCCCGUGUUUGAUCAGUUUAACUUUACCCGCCCUGUGGACUCGUCAUCGGGUAUGUUACAUUCACUGUGUCUAACACAACAACAUUCAGAACAUGGGCGCAUGCUGCUCUCUCUCUUUAUUUGGACUCCGUACCCGUUGACUCAGCUGUUAGUUUCCGUCAGUUCGACACACGCUGGACGGACGGCGACCCGCCGACGAGCCGCCUGAACCUCGAUGUUGAGACUCUAACUCUGACACGGCUUCAGUCACCAAACCGAGAAGUAAGAGGCAGAGGAACAAUUUCCCCAUCCGCAUCCCGCUCGGCAACUGACCGCCGAGCAGAGACCUCUGAUUGGCUUAGAGACACCGUGCAGCAUCUAAUUGAACGCGUCAAAGUAGUAGUAUAUGUUUAUAUAUAAAUAUGUGUAUAUGUGUCUGUAUAUAUGUUUAUGUAUAUACGCCUAUUUUUUUAAUGCUAUGUUAUAGACACAGUAAAUGUAUAACGGCAACAUUACUGUAGCGCCCCCUAGAGUUCAAAUCGCACAAGAUAGUUUGUGAAUGUUAGAGGAUGCAACGUGCACUCUCACUGGAGGUUCUGAGUGAUUAAAGAGUGUUUGUGUGUGUAGUUCCCUUACUGUCCACCAGAUGGCCCCAGAGUCUUUUCUGUGUUAUUGAUCAGCUUUCUUUGUGAUUAUUGUUGAUCUGUUGACUGAUCAAUACAGUUAUUGUGAUACUUUUGUUUUUUCAUUUAAACAGCUUUCUUUAA